AUGGCAGCAGCGCACGUGCUCGACUACGUGCUCUACGCAGUGCUGAUGGCACUGGGCGUGGCGCAGGGCAUAUACGUCUCGUGCCGCAAGCGCCACGGCCACGACGUGAGCCGCGAGGCCUUCCUGGGCGACCGCAGCCUGGGCGUGCUCCCGCUGGCCGUGUCCGUGCUCGUCUCCACCGCUUCGCCGCUCGGGCUGGUGGCCCUGACGGCGCACUUCUACGCCUACGGUCUACACCUCGCCUGGAACGUGCUGAUCACUGUGGCGGCGGUGCGGCUCGUCGUGUACUGCGUCGUGCCCGUCUUCUACAGGCUCGGCGUCACCUCCGUCUUCGAGUACAUUCGAAUGAGAUACAACGCUUUUAUUUCGCUGACGGCAUGUGCAAUCUACAUCAUUUUAACGCAAAGCGUCGGCGCUGCCCUCAUCUUCUCAGCUGCACUGACAUCAUCGACGAUAUUUGGGAUACCUGUCACAACAGCCAGCAUCCUCUUCGGCCUAAUGGGCACCUACUAUGGCGCUGUUGCUGGUCUGCGUGGUGUCGUGUGGACGGACUGCCUGCAGGCGCUGAUCACCCUGCUGGCGCCACUGGUGGUAAUCGGCAAAGUGGUCUACGACUCGAUCGCCGGUACGCUACCCUUGCGCCCCUUGAACGACAUCGACGUCACCGAGUACAUACUGGACGUCAGCAUCGACUUGACCAAGGAAGAGAACGUGUUGUCCUGCCUCGUGGGAGGCGCGGCGUCUUUCCUCUACCGGCUGGGAUUUGACCAGAUGGUUCUGCAGAGAUACCUCGCCUCGAGAAACCUCAGAGCUGCCCAGAGGACUGCCAUAGUCGGAGUAUGGUUUUCUGCACUGUACUACCUGGUGCUAAUGGCAGGAGCUGUCGCCCUAAUAUAUCGGUUUCGUGACUGCGAUCCGAUGCUGUCAAAAUCAAUAUCAACCCUGGACCAGAUCCUCCCUUAUUAUGUCAAGAAAGAGCUGGCGCCUGUGUUGGGAUUUUCUGGCAUAUUUUUGGCCGGGGUAGUGAGCUCCUCUACAAGUGCCGUUUCAUCCAUCAUCAACUCGCAAGCUGCCGUCUUGUACGUGGACGUGUUUUCCCAGUACUUCCCAAUAAAAGAAAAGUGGGCUUCCAGGGCCACAAAGGGACUUGCCUUUGCAUCAGGCAUAGUUAUGACUGCUUACAGCCUGGCGGUUCCUUUCAUUGGCUCUACGAUGAGAAUCUUCGUGCUGAUCAACAGUGCCGUGACGGGCCCCUUCGUCGGCCUCCUCGUGCUCGCAAUUCUGUUCCCUUUCGCCAACUCCAAGGGAGCUGGAGCUGCGACGUGUCUGACCAUUGCCUUCCAGCUAUGGCACAUGAUCGGUAGACUGCGCAGCGGCAUCCUUCCUCAUCGCAUGCCGGUAACGUUGGACUACUGUCCCGACAAUACGACGGCUGGAUUCGAUACAACCGAGUAUCCGUCAAACACGACGGACUCUGCAGGUUUCACAAUUGCCUGUUUUAAGUAA